AUGACCAGUGUCGCCUCUUCAUCCUCGUUCUAUCGAGACGAGCUGUUUCGGGCUCUUCAAGAGCAAGGAGAUGCGAUCUCCAGCUACCAUAUGACCGAAUCGAGUGCAUCCAGUGCCUCUGCAGAAGUGCAGCUCCUGGAGAAGCACACGGCAACAAUCAUAAUUUCGAUUGGCGGCUAUCAAAGCUUAACUGACGGGCACAUUUCCACUACCUACGAGACUCUAGAUGCUCUCCUUGGGUCAAUCAGCAAGCUAUAUGGGGAAAAGAAGAGAGAAGUGUUGCUGGCAAAGCUGGGCGCGUUAGCUGGAAGCGACCGCGCUUGA